CCCCUUCCUCUUCUGCCCCCGUCAGUGACGUGCAGAUAGAAAGCGGGACCAGCCCUCCCGUCGCCAUUUUUCCUGUCUCCUACUUGCACUUCUGCUAGCUGAAAGAAGCGGGAGCCGCUGGAAUUAGAGAAAGUCUAUCGCACGGAACCGGCACGGCUGGGUCUCUCGCGGGCAGUCGAGGAAUGCACGCGAGAAGUGGAGCGCAGCAGACACGCGGCGGCCGUCAUAGCAUUUUUGGUGCGGAGACGUGUUGCGAGCCGCCAUUUUUUUUUUGCUUCAAAAGUCUACUCCGAGAAAGGGGAGUUAAUAAACCCAAUUCCGUGACGUCCGCCUUUUUGUAACACCAGAGGAUUCAAAGUCGCUGUUUUCCUUUUUUACAUCAACAUUUUUGCAAACAUGGAUAUUUAUCAGAUGAAACGCUGAAGCCACCCUUUCCGUUCUCGGAACUGACACUGGCUGACUGAAGCUCAAUAAUUUUUGACUUUUCGCGGAAGGCGGAACAGCAAGAGGAAGCUUUAUUGAUCAUUUGUUGCUUCGAUCUUCGUCGAUGUUUUCGGCUGUUAGCUGCUGGUCACAGGAACCACAUUAUGCUCCCAGGCUGGAUCAGGUCGGUCGCAGCCUGUCGCUGAAAACGUCAGGUUGAUUUUUUUUUUUUUUUUUUAUCGGGUCCUCGGGCGACGAACGCCCUACCCCGCAUCUUCCAAGUACUGCAGCUGGAUGCGAUAGGCCUGUUUGAAUUUAACUUAUUUUCUUCUUUAUAUUAACUUAUUUUUUAAGAAAUAAAAAUGUCCGCGUCACGUUUCGACUCAUCUGAUCGCUCGGCCUGGUAUUUCGGACCAGUGUCGCGGCAGGAGGCGCAGAACAGGUUACAGGGGCAGAGGCAUGGCAUGUUUCUGGUACGAGACUCCUCCACCUGUCCCGGGGACUACGUCCUGUCCGUGUCCGAAAACUCCAAAGUAUCGCACUAUAUCAUCAACUCUUUGCCCAGUAAGAGGUUCAAGAUAGGGGACCAAGAGUUCGAGAACCUUCCUGCCCUCCUGGAGUUCUACAAAAUCCAUUACCUGGACACGACAACGCUAAUAGAACCAGCAUCCAGGUAUCCAAGCACUAUAGGUGGUCCAGUCUCAUCUAUGAUUGGUCCAGAGGAUAACUUGGAGUAUGUGCGGACACUAUAUGACUUCACUGGUAGUGACGCGGAGGACCUUCCAUUCAAGAAGGGAGAGGUCCUUAUCAUUUUGGAAAAGCCAGAGGAACAAUGGUGGAGUGCCAAAAAUAAAGAUGGACGUGUCGGGAUGAUCCCUGUGCCCUACGUGGAGAAAUUGGUACGAUCCUCCCCCCAUCCUGGCCAGCCUUCCCACGGAUCGCGCAACUCCAACAGCUACGGUAUCCCGGAGCCAUCCCACUCCCUCGUUAACGCUUAUGCCCAGCCCCAGCUCUCUCCCCCCAUGCCCCCUGGCACACCCGGAGCGGUCAUUACCCCGUUGCCCUCCAUGCAGAAUGGUCCCGUGUUGGCAAAAGCCAUCCAAAAGCGCGUGCCCUGUGCCUACGACAAAACUGCUCUUGCUCUAGAGGUCGGCGACAUGGUCAAAGUUCUACGGAUGAACAUCAGCGGUCAGUGGGAGGGCGAGGUGAACGGACGCAGGGGUCACUUCCCCUUCACUCACGUCAAAAUCGUAGACCCGCUGAACCCUGACGAGGGGGACUGACCUCUCACCACCAGUACCGAUGUGAACCUGGAUCCUCCACCUGUCCCGCCACAGUAACGAGCUUGCCUGCUUGAUGUAAGGGGGGGGUUAGCCAGCUGUUGCCAGGCUUUAAAAGAGUUUACAGCUGUGGUUCUAAGACCCCGUCUCUUCCUCAGCUCCUCAGUUUUCAGGUUUUAGUUCCAUCUCCUCCCCUUCAUUAGUCUGUUUUUUUAUUUCCAGAUCACAGAGCAUCAGACUGAAAGUUAUAUAUGUGAGUGGGGGGGGAUAUUGUUUGUUUUUAAUCAUGUUAGACUUUAUUUUUUUAAGUUAAAAUAGGGAAAAUAUUCUUUGCACCCCUUUGGAUUUGGUAGGAAACAAAACAGAUGAGGAACAAACCAGCAGUAAUGUUGUCUCCAAACCUUCAAGUCGCCGUUGUACCUCCACAGACACGCACACAUCAUUAGUCACGACAGACGCGAUCUGUGAGCCCGUCUGUGAUUAUUCCUGUCAGCAAGCGUUUCAAUUAUUUCAGCCUCCACCUCCCCGAUGGGACGAGACCGUGUCAUUUCAUCUUAUUGGUGCCAUAAGAUCAACCUGUUUCUCCUCGUGUUCUGCAUCCUUUUGGUACUGAUGGAGUUUUGUUUUUUUUCUUUAAGGUUAUAAUGUUCUCUGUGCUAACUGCUUUCAGUGACUUUUUUUCAACAUAGGAGUGCCAAUUUUAACAGGAUUUGAAAUAGCAACGUGUUUGCCAAAAACAUCUGACUACUAUAGAAAUGCAGUGUCCUUAGUGAGCAUGACUGAAAGAAAAUCCUCCAUUUGCAUAAGGGGAACGAUUCCUCACUGAGACCUUCUUGCAUUUAGUCCUGGCUGUAUGUUUUAACUUCUUUAAACAUUCAGUCCAGUUGCAUUUUAUGUACAAAAAAGCUGUUUAAAUUUCAUAAUUUUGCCAUUUCUUCCUCCUCUUCUUCUCUGCUGUUGCUCAGCCGUUCACUCACAAGUUGUGCAGCUUUCUUUUCUGUCUAAUGUGUUUUUUUUUUAAUUUUAUUUUUUUUUAACUUUCAAAAUGAGUAUUGUUAUAAAUCAAAAAAUAAAUAAAAAAGGGAAUUAAAAAUGCCUGCUGGUUGCCUCUGUGCAUGACCUCUUGGCUGGGGAGUUGGCCUGGUCAAAUGCUGCUUAUUGACAUUUAUCUCUUUAUUAAAUAAAAGGUUUAUCUUAUCUCAUCUUAGCUGGGGUCUGUUUUUCAGGAUUAAUUCUAAUUAAGCAAUACAACUUUUUUUAUUUCCAUUUUUUUUUUUUUUUGGUCUUGCUUCUGAUUUGUUUCGUAAUGGCAUUAACAGUAUUACUGUUCUUAUAUUUUAGGAAAACCUGUCUUUUACUUAAGAAUUGAAAAUUGUGCCUUUUUAAUUUCUUACACUAUGUAACAUGUGUUAAUAUUUCCCAUGGUUAUUACCUGUGCCGGUAUUGACCCUGUAUGUACAGAGCAAGUAAAUAAAAUUUACGUCUACUUCUUUAAA